AGCAGUAUAAAAGCAGCUCCUUCUCCUCACUCUCUCAUCCACCCUUCACAUCUCCAGCUCCUUGGGAAUAAGGUGCACCUGCAGCCCCAAGCCAUGUCCUGCUACAGCCCGUGCCGGCCCUGCCAGCCCUGUGGCCCCACCCCGCUGGCCAACAGCUGCAAUGAGCCCUGUGUCAGGCAGUGCCAGGACUCCACCGUCAUCAUCGAACCCUCGCCCGUGGUGGUGACCCUGCCUGGCCCCAUCCUCAGCUCCUUCCCCCAGAACACCGUGGUGGGAUCCUCCACCUCUGCUGCUGUUGGCAGGAUCCUCAGCUCUCAGGGAGUGCCCAUCAGCUCUGGGGGCUUUGGCCUCUCAGGCUUGGGCAGUGGCCUCUGUGGCACGAGGUGCCUCCCCUGCUGA